CGCAUCUAUCGACAAACGUCUACUGUAGUCAAUGAACUAGUGCUUACUGGAAACAGCCAGGCAGCCAUGUUAAAACCUGAUCAAGAUUGUAUGCUGCCAUCAUCAACAUAAUAGAAACACACACUUUUUUUUUUCCUAGCUCGAAAUCAUAUCAUCCCUUUGCUGCGCAUAUUAAACUUUUUUUCCUUAAUCUCUUUGUCGCCCCGCUCUUUCCCCUUCUCUCUCUUUUUCCCUUAAUGUCCUCGUCACUGAUCGGUUCAUUAUUAAAACUUGAAUCACAGCUUCAAUGCGAUCUUUGUCAUAACUUGGUGAACGACGCACGUACAUUGAAUGAAUGCGGACAUCGGUUUUGUCGAGGAUGUGUAUAUGACAGGAUCGGUGUUGAACGAACGUGUCCUACGUGUCAUUUACCUGCCAUUGUCAAAAAUCUUCGACCUGAUCCCAUGCACGACACGUUGGUUGCGUGUGUACGCAAACUUGGGACUUUGUUGGUAGGCGGUACACCUUCUGUCGAUACACAUGGCUUGCUAUCUGAAAAUAAUAGCAUGGAACAAGCUGGCGACCCUAUGCAUCGUCAUCGCCUUCAAGAGAGUAGCGGAUUGUUGCAAAUGGCACGGGAUACGAGUAAUGACAAGGGCACGACGCGGUCAGAAUGGAUGGAUAGUCAGCCGCAGAAUGAUACGGAUCGAUCACUUUCAGGCACAAAGAUGUACGAAACAUCCCCGAUAUCUCUUCUGCAGCCAGUACAAGAGUUUCCAUCCAUGUCACCACACAUGCCACAGACACCAAGUGAAAUGGAAGACCAGACGAUGUCGGAUGAGAAACACGUACCGACACAUUCAGCAGUAGCAGACACCUUGAUGGAAACCAAGACACUCUCAGCGGUGGAACAGCAAAGGGGGGCUGAAGAAAAAGUGAAAGACUUGACAGUGGGUCACGACGUCUUUUCCUCUUCAGUAUCAAGUGUUUCUACGACUGAUGCUAUGCUCCCCUCUUGGCUACGCGAUCAGCUCAGAAACAGCGUACCACCACUCAAUGAGGACGAUGCUAUGUCUAGACCCUCUCUCGACAGCGUAGGAUCCGAAUCGGAAACAGUCCCGUUGCUACGCGAUUGGCUCCGUCGCAGCGACAGCAGUGAUUUAGUUCGAUUCCACCGCCCAGCAAAGGGGAUCAUCGCCUCAGUGACUCGGACACCUUCACCGCUACAAAUAGACGAGGGUGAUUUGUCCCCGCAUGGCAAUGACGACGACGUCGAUGACACAAUGUCAUGUGAUGAGCAAGUAACGAAUGGAUCAGAAAUAGGAUCGAGCGUUGCAACAGGACAGCAAACACCAUCACUGUUACGAGAUUAUUUGGCCGCACCAUUUGAUUACGAUGAAGAAGAAGAUACUAUCAUGCAGGAACAACCUAAAGAAGACCCUACUCCAAACAAUGUACAAAAUACGACAAACACUGCUGAUAGCCACGACCAUGUCAGCAACAAAAUAAAAACACCCUCUACGAUACCGAGUUCCUCCAAACACGACGAACAACAGCAACAACAACAAUACCACCCUCAUUCUCAUUUUGUAAAUAAUAACGGCAUCAACACUACUACUACUACUCCGACUCAGCAUAGCAUCAACCAUUGUAAUAAUUAUAUCGGCAUCCAACAUCAACAUGAACAACAACAACAACCACCUACUGCUACUACCGCAGUCGUUGAGAACGACAACAACGAGACCGAUGAUAACGAGCGUUAUAGCGCUGAGGCACUUCUCAAAGAGCUCGAUCAAAGCUCACUCCCUGAUGACGAACUUUCUUUUCCUGAAGACGAGAGAUUGCCGCCACCAUCCAACCGAACCAUUGCCCAAGUUCCUGUUGCUGUACAACCCAUCACCCACGAGGAGGACGACAACAACAACGACGACAACAUGUCAUUAUUGUUACAAGAAUUACUCAAGGAUGAUGGACUUCCAGACGACGAAAUACCAAGUACCAGCGAAAAAGGGAAAAGAAAGCAAUCGGAAAAAAGAAAAAGCAUCGACAGGUCGAAUGCUAGCAGCAAAGCACCGAUAUCAUUGCCUUCUCCGGCGACAACAGAAGAAGCAGUAGCACCUGAGGCAUUAGCGGAAACAGACAUUUUCUCGAUUGAUGUACCUCAUCCUUAUUCAAAGCGAUUACGGUUGUCAGACCCUAACGAUCACAGUGGCAGUAGAAUCGCUCGUAAUAAUAAUCAUCCUGCACAGCCAUCAGCAGCAGCAGCAACUGCAGCAGAUCAACAAGAACAACAGCAAGGGCCGUCGAUAACAGCAGCAAAAGAACCAUGGCAAUGUUUACACUGUCAGUACAUGAAUCCAGUCACCGUGGAAACCUGCGGUCUGUGUCGGAAAAUGCGCGGUAGUGCACCAGCAGUAACGAUUUCGCAAAGUAUAUCAAGUACGCCCAUGACAGUGACGGCCAGUGUUAUUCCUACAUCACAAGAGGAACAAGACUACCUUGCUGCUACUCGUAUGAGAACUUUCGAUGCGGUACGUGUUAUGUUCACGGGUAUCAAAACAGUAAGUUUCUUUUAUCUUUCUUUGUCUCUUUGUUUUGAAAUUAGGAUGUAGUGAGAAGAAUUAAAGGAGGGGGGGUCAUUAAUUGAUAACAAUAAAAGGAUGAAGCACAAGCGGUUCUGGACAAGUUUGGUGAGAGUGAAUUGACCCUAUCGCCGGUCAAUGAUGACGUCGAUGAUAUACCAAGACAUGUUGACGAUGUGACGCACAUUGUGACAAAGGGAAAUGAGCAAGGACUGAGUGGCAGGACAGUCAAAUACCUGUGGGGCAUUCUAGCAGGCAAAUGGGUUGUAGAUGUAACAUGUAAGUAAUAAGCUUAUAUCAUCCCGAAAUGG